AUGAUGUUCGCAUUCUUUCGCUCCCCUGGCAAGGCCCCAACUCCUGCCCGGGGCAGCCACACUCCCGUCGCUCGUUCCGCCCGCCCGCCGCCUGGACCGUCGAGCGCGCAAUUUGCCCGUAACAUCCGACACUGCGACGAGAAACUGGCCCGGGCGGCUGGUCCAUCUCAUCCAUACACCCGGACCCUCCGCAGGCAGGGGUCUCUCAAGGCGCAACCGUCCCUUCGCAAGGGCGCCUCUCGCCCAACCGACAGGAAUGGCCGUCGCGGCGCCCUCAUGCCUGGGGGCAUCCACAGUGUGGCUAGCUUUCCCGCGAUUGGUGGCGUUGCCCCGGUGGCUAAGCCGUCGACCACACCAGCCACGUUGGCGACCCCCGCCUGGAUGCCCGGCGGCCUGCAGCCCGUCGCCCUGCCGAGCUUCAUGGAGGCGAAUGCCACUUUCGUCCUCCCUGGGGCGGCAGAUCCGGUGUUCGGCAGGCCAUCUGGGCAAAUGGAACCUGCUAUGAACGAGGACGAAGACGAGAUCUUCCGCCGUCAGAUGGCCUCUAUGAUGCGGGCUCACCACGCGACAAAGGGCCUUAUGGAGCAACGCGAAGAGGUAGAGCGGGCUCUAGCAGAAAGGAAGAAAGAAGCGAAGAUGGCGCGCAAAAUGAAGGCGCGACAGGAACGCGAGAGGCUGGCUAGAGCGGAGUUGGCUAGACGAGAAGCUGAGCGGCUGGAGCUGGAGAGGCUUGCGAGGGAAGAGGCGCAGAGAGCAGAGAUCGAACGCCUUCACCGAGAGCGGAUGGCCAGGGAAGCAGCGGAGAGAGAGGCGCGUCGCCAGGAGCAGGAACGCCAAAGGCUUGCGAGGGAGGCCGAGGCUAAGGCUCGCGCUGAGCAGGAGAGACUGGCUAAGGAGGCCGAGGCUAAGGCUCGCGCUGAGCAGGAGAGACUGGCUAAGGAGGCCGAAGCUAAGGCUCGCGCCGAGCAGGAGAGACUGGUCAAGGAGGCCGAGGCUAAGGCUCGCGCCGAGCAGGAGAAACUGGCUAGGGAGGCCGAGGAAAAAGCUCGUGCUGAGCAGGAGAGACUUGCAAUGCUUGCAGCGAUGCAAGCAGAGCGAGAACGUGCCGAGAAAGAAGCUGCAGAGUUGCUGCAAGCAAGAUUCUCUCUUUACGAGGCCAAGUGGAAGGUGCUGAGGGAUGGGGUCAGCUCCGGUUUCAGGAAGCUACACGCUGUGGAACUGCCUUGGCCCAUACUCUGCGAGGUCUCUUCACCGGACGAUAUCACCGAAGCUCGCGUAGCUGAAUUCCUCCUUCAUCCCGCUCGACCUGAGGUUCAAGGCAAGUCCCAUCGCCUGGUCCUCAAACUGGAGGCUGUACGCUGGCAUUCGGACCGUUUCGAUACCAAGGUUUUGCCCAUCGUGGUGGAGGAGGAGCAGGAGAAGGCCGCCGAAGUCGCAGGCCAUGUUACGCGCAUUUUGACAAACUUCCUUAUGAACAUCAAUUAG